AUGGACUUCGGAUCCGAAACACAGGCUGCUUCUUCAAAGCGCAUGUACACUGCGCGGGCCGACAACUAUGAAAAUUCAUUUCAUCCCGACUACACCAAGCGCUUCAUGGCGCUCGCCGACGUCCAGCCGGGCGAGCGAGUUCUGAUACUGGCUUGCGGUACCGGGCUUGAAAUCUUCAUUGCUGCGGAGCAAGUGGGAGAAGAGGGCGAGAUUGUCGGCGUUGAUAUCACAGACGCAAUGUUGGCCAAGGCAAGAGAGAAGAAAGAGCGUCUCAAGCCAAAAUCGGACAUACACUUAUUCAACCACGACAUAACGGAUCUGGACGGGUUGAAAGAACUCAAGGACAAGAAUUUCGACGUCAUCAUGUGCUCGAACGCAUUUGUUCUGCUCGACAAUCAAGAGCAAGUUGUCGCUUCGUGGAGGAAAUACCUGAAGCCUGGUGGGCGGCUGCAGGUUGACAUCACCCACGAGAACAACCUCAAGAUCGGGCUUUUGCUAGAGCGCGCGGCGAACAGACUGGGGACCAGAUUCCCUAGUAACAGGACGUGGAUCAAGGAUAGGAACUCAUUCAAGCAGAUCCUGGAGAAGGCCGGCUAUACGGUGGAGAAGAUCGAGUUGAUGGACAAACUAACUGGUCAGGGUAGCACGUUCUACGGCAUAGACCAAAUUGACGAGCAAUUUGACGGGAUUAUCAGCACGCCGUUGACAAUCAACAUGGCGACGGACGAAUUCAAGAACGAAGCCAGAGCACUAUUUCGUGAAGAAUGGGAAAAGGAUGCUGUCGAUGGCAAAAUUGAGAACGUCGAUGCCCUGUAUGUCUAUGUAGCCCGGAAUAUGUAG